GUACUGACUUUCACUAACAUAUGGAACAAGAGUGACAACCAUCUCCUUUCAACUUAAUAUUAUCAGGGCACGACUAUGCAUCCAUGUCGUCGACUUCUUCUAUCUGGGUGCCAUGGCGAGACUUGGCUGGAAAAUAGCCAGAGCUAUUUCUGCCGUUUCCGUUCAACUCCUACUUCGCAUAGUUCGAAACCACCACCUCAAGAAUCCCCAGGCCAGAAACUCUGCCGAUGAAAGCGAAUAUGGUUCUCAAGUGAGCCCCAUCCAGGAACCCCAUCGUCCUAUGCGUCACAAAUCACCGUCAUCCUCAGGCGGGUCCUUUCCGCGCUACGAGGGUCGACCUCGCAACGAAUUCUGGCGUGACUCCUCACGAGAUUAUGUAGAGCGACCAUAUCGUGCCAAGCGUUCUCAAUCACCGUCCUGGUCAUCCUCUUUUUCACGUUCCCGCGAUGAAGGUGAUAAUGACUAUCCGGAGGACCACGCGGAGCAGCCAUACCGUUCUAUGCGUCCUCAGACAUCAUCCAGGUCAUCUUACGGCAACUCUUACUCACGCAGUGAACCGCGCCCACGUAUUGAGGGAGGGCGUGAUUAUUCAGGGCGCCACACGGAGCAUACUUCCCGCCCGACACAUCGCAUCGCAUCAUCGCAGUCAGCCUCUGGUAGCUCUUU